ACGUCAUUGGUAAACAUUAGAGUGUCACGGGAAACUUUGUCACUGUUGUGCCACACUCUGUCUCUACCACACUGUGUCGCCGUCCCUGCCACUCCGCCACAUCGCUCACCCUCUCCACACUACUGCAUAUAUACUCCUCAACAUGUCGAUUGCCAAUAUGGAAAAGCAUCUCUUCAGCUUGAAAUUUGCCGCCAAAGAUCUUGAGCGGCAGUCUAAAAAAUCUGAGAAAGAAGAGAAGGCAGAAAAGGUGAAGCUAAAGAAGGCAAUAGCCAAGGGGAACAUGGAUGGUGCUCGAAUUCACGCUGAAAAUUCCAUUCGUAAUAAGAGUCAAGCUCUCAAUUACCUGCGGAUGGCUGCCAGAGUUGAUGCCGUAGCUUCUCGGGUGCAGACGGCUGUAACACAACGCAAGGUUACCCAGAGCAUGGCGGGCGUGGUCAAAAACCUAGACGCAGCAAUGAAGAGCAUGAACCUGGAGAAGAUAUCUGCACUUAUGGAUAAGUUUGAGCAUCAAUUUGAAGAUCUUGAUGUUCAGAGCUCAUACAUGGACACAGCUAUGAGCCAGACGACCACCACGGCAGUCCCUCAAGAUGCUGUCAACGGCCUCAUGGCACAGGUGGCUGAUGAAGCAGGCUUGGAACUGAACAUGGAACUGCCAACUGGUGGAACAACCACAGUGGGAGUGAGUGCCACACAAGCCAGCCAAGACCAGGAUGAACUCACUCAGAGACUGGCCAAGCUACGCAAUGCUUGAUUCCUGCAAGGGGGCCGACUGCACUCCACACUUCUCCCAGAGGAAAAACUCCAACAAUGGUGGUUAUUUAUUCUGAUUGUGAUUGCCUUUCUUAACCAGAACAGCUUGGUCAUUAUUAAACAAAAUUGACCUUUAGUAAGAAAAUUUAACGUUUGCCAUUUAGAUGAAUAUUAUUUGACAAUGAUGGCUUUAAGACAAUUAGAAACAUUGUAUAUCAGAUUCAUAUAUAAAUUAAAUUUCCUCAGGUUUGCCAGGUUUCUUGGUAGGUUAUGGAAUGUUUAUAUGGAGCAAAAAUUCUACAAUUGAUUGAAAUGGUGAAGCUAGAGACAAAGUACUCAGUUUAGACACCACUACUAGAGUGUAAGAAAGAAUUUCUCGAGUAUAGACAAUCGGCUAAUGUGAAUUAUAUAGUACAAUACUGUACUGUAGUUGGAUGGAAAUCUUAUCUAGCUUAAUCAAAUUUAGAUUGCCUAUGGAAACUAACCCUACCAAGAUUGUUACAUAGUCACAAUGGAGGAAGUUGGUGGAAAUAAUCAUUAUAAUUAGUUAUUGUUUGUGUCAAGUUACAUAUUUAGUAUUUCAGCUUUGGAAGACAUGGAGAGCGAGUGUCGAUCCUUCAGUCACUUGCUCCAUGAAUCAAUUUUUGUUAUCAGGUGAUGAUUUGUUCAUCCAUUGUGUUUCAUCAUAGAAGUGUCAUUAUUGCUAAGCUUCGGUCUUGAGUAGUGAGAAGUGUGUACAAGAUUGAUAAUGUUUCAUAAUGUUUACUGUAAUUGUAAGGCCAACAUGAAUAUUGGCUACAACUGUGUAUAGUUUGCUUAUUAUGACAUGUCUGAUGCUUAUAAUAAUCUGCAAUUUCCUUUUCUAUGGGGUUAAAGAAAUUUAGUUUGCAAGUAUCCAAAACAGUAUACAUCAAAUUCCAUGGUUGUGUUUACCAUUUUGAAGUACAAUAUUGCAUGGUGAAUUUAGUUUUUACUACAGUACUCGUAUUAUCUUGAUACAAUGUAAAAUGAUUCGUGGGUUUUACGGUUAUCCAAUCAACAUGGCUUCAAUUUUUAUUUUAUUAGGAAUACAUUAUGGUUUACUAUUUUCUGAUAUUUGAUAUUUUGGGUGAAGAGGUUGUGCAGGUUGGAUACCAUACAAGUUUGUACAGUAUAUAGUACCAAGCUGCCCAUUUAGUUCUACCUUGUCAAAUUAAUAUUGGGCAGUAGAGGUGUUCUUGCUACACGUUUUUCCAGCCCCAACAAUGUGAACAACCAAAUUAAUACUGUAUUUUUUUUUUUUAUAUAGAAUGUGAUAAUGAUGAGCAAUAUUCUUUUUUACGUGUUAAAAUUUUCUGCAAGUUGUGUGAAUAAGUACUGUAUCUAAUUUUAGGUAAACUUAUCAAAUCUUUAUAAAUAUUUCACACCACAAAAACUGUGUAGCAAGCCAGUGAUAGAAGACGGCAGUGAUUGCCUUUAAUCUCUUCACGAGACCUCGUUGAGCCACCAAUAGUCUUCUGUCACUAUGGCUUGUUCUUAUGUUAUAUAUAUAGCCUAUAUAUAUACUGUUAUAAGUGUGACUAUAAAACUUUAUAUACGCUAUAAAAUAAAAAAUACUUUAAUGU